ACAAGUUUCUUUCAUUGAGUGGGUGAGUCUCGUUCUGACAGGUUUGAAAGCUUUCGGAAGAAAGAGUCGCAUAUUAAAUCGGUAUAUUGACACAAUAUUUCUAUGGAAUAUACAAACAGAUGGCUGAAAAUGCUGCCAGUCGAACCGAUAUUGCCAAGCUGUUUGCAAGCAUGGACGACAAGGAAAGAGAUCCGAUUAACUUGUACAAAAACGAUGCGUUUUCUCCAUCGUUAGAAAUGAAUACAGUUGCUCCAGCCUUUCCAAGACUUCAACCAAGUUCUGGCCCUACGUGUGUCGCGUAUGCUGUGGGAAAGUUUGAGAAUUCUCAUAUAACGAUUUUUCAGGCUUCCAGAGAUGGCCGGCUUGAUAUUGUCAAGAAUAAACUAGCAAAAGGAAAACGAGAUAUAAACAAGAAGGAUGAGGAGAAUGCAACAGCCUUGCAUUAUGCUGUCAGAUUCAACCAUACUGAAAUUGUCAAGUUUUUAAUCAGCAAAGGAGCAAAUCCCAAUCUUCCCGGAGAAGAUGGUGCUACGCCAAUGCAUUAUGCAGCACGGUAUAGACCCCUGAAUGUCCUGAAACAGUUGAAAUCCACACAAUCAAAUAAUGAAGUGAAUGCAGAACCACCAAGUGAAGAAAAUGCUUCUGCUGUGGGUAAUCUAUUAACUGUGGACACACCAGAUAUCACAGAUGCCGAUCAGGACAGCUCAGAUUCCGUCUUAAGUUGCUUACUCAAAAAAUCAAGUUCAAAUGUGAACUGUCAGGAUAACUAUGGAUCGACCCCACUCCAUUAUGCGGCCGCAAAAGGAAACCCGAGAUCAGUUGAAGAAUUGAUUAGAUAUGGUAGAGCUGAUGUGAAUGCCAAAGACAAACAGAAAGCAACCCCCCUGCACGAGGCCUGCACACAAGGCAAUCCCAACGUUGCUAAGCUCCUCGUCCAGGCGGGGGCGGACCUCCAAGCGAGAGACAAUGAGAAGAUGACACCUCUACACUAUGCGGCGAUGAGCGAGAGAGUUGAUUGCGUCAAGAUCGUGGUCGACGCCGCAGAAGCUGCUGGCGGUUCAAGUUUAGUUGAACAGAUUGUUGCAGAGGUCGACCGAGAGGGACAAACAGCUCUUCAUAUUGCUGUUGAUGCAAGUGCCAAAAAGACCGCUCAGUAUCUGUUGUUUAAAGGAGCUGAAGUGAACGCUGUGCGCAUGAACAUGGCCACGCCCCUACAUCUUGCUGCCACCGCUGGGGAUCUGGACACGGUUGAGAUGUUGCUGAAUUUCAAAGCGAAUGUCGAGGCUAAGAAUAUGAGCCAUGAGACGCCAUUGCAUAAAGCGGCCUUGUUUAAUAAUGUUCCUGUUAUUGAUUUGUUACUGGAUAGAGGAGCAAACAUUGAAAGCAGAGACAAGGACAACUACACUGCUCUGUUAGUUGCCGUGGCUCAAGGAAACAAGGAGGCAACCGAUGCGUUGCUGAGACGUGAUGCAAACAUCAGAGUUGUGGACAGUUCAGACAAGACCGCCAUCUACAUCGCCGCAGAGGAGAAUUGCCUCGAGAUUUUAGAGUUGCUCAUGCAUCACCAUAAGGCAAAGAGAUUGUUGGAGGAAAGUGAUAAAUAUGGGAACACACCACUUCAUAUCGCUGCUAAGAAAGGAUUUAUAAAUGCUGUCAGGCAACUGUUGAACGAAGGAGCGGACAUAGACGCUGUAAACUUGGACGAGCAGACGCCGUUGCAUAUGGCUGCAAAGAGUGGGAAAGAAAACAUCGUAAAGGAAUUGAUCAGUAACGAUGGCACGAUUAUCAACGAUGAAGAUGCUGACUCGAACACAGCACUUCAUUUGGCUGCAACAAACGGGCAUCAUCGAGUUAUCGAAGCAUUGUUAGACAAGGGUGCGAUCAUCGAUGCAAGAAAUCUCUACGCUUGGACUCCGCUGGAUUGCGCGGCAUCUCAGGGUUGGACGAAAAGUGCAAGAGUUUUGAUAGAAUAUGAAGCUCCUAUCGAUCCGAUCGACAAAGCCAGGGUGACUCCACUUCACUUGGCCUCUCAAGCGGGUCAUCUCGAUAUGAUUAAACUACUCUUGGAUAAUCACGCGGACAUCGCUCUCAGGGACGUCAGCGGAAGGAAUGCAUUAGAUAUGGCGGUUGAUGAAGGUCACAAGUCAUGCGCGAUUGCGAUUUUGAAUCGUGAAAACUGGCGUAAGGCUAUGCGCAGUAGAUCAGUGGAGAGAGGAAUAACAACAACACCUUUGCGGAAGAUGAUUAUUAAAGAACCAGAUGUUGCCGAAGUCGUCUUCAACAAAUGCACGACGCUUAGUGACGACGCUCCAGACAGCCACGAGUUCACCGUAAACCUGGACUAUGAAUUCCUCGAGGACAUCUACGCUGAAUGGGUCGACACCGUAGGUGACGACGUCAGCAUUUCCAGUGACGUCAGACCUUUGCAAGACUCGGACAGUGCGUCGCUGUUUGGUAACGAGAAUGCUGAGUAUAAGAGCAUCGAUACGAAGACUGAGGACGAGAAAUUACGAGAAUUGGAAAGAAAAAGAAAUCAUCCACUUAUGUUGAUGGUAAAACAUAGCCGCGAGAGUCUCAUUACUCACCCUCUGGUUGUGUUUCUUCUUGAUCGCAAAUGGAGCAUGUACGGCCGAAAGUUGUUCUAUGUUAAACUGGUCAUAUUUCUCAUUUUUCUCAUGUUUUUGACGGGUUACGUUAUCAUGGCCACUCCGUCUCAGGCGGGCGUCAACGUCAAUGGGAAAAUGAUAAAUUGUACCAUUGUGGAGGAUAGUGGAAGCAUGGCGUUUGAAGUUUUCGUCGAUACUGGAAGAUAUAUUUUGCUUAUCUUGGCUUGCCUGCAUAUCCUCUUUGAGCUAUUUCAGUUUCUCUAUCAACGAUGGCAUUACGUCACAGACUACACAAACUAUUUUGAAGUCACAAUGUAUGUUGCAACGGUUGCGUACAUCUCAGCAGACUUUGACCUGUCCUUUGUCACCGAAUCCGAUAUCCUCUCUGGUGAAAGUUGCAGUCUAUGGCGUGUAAAUGUUGGUGCAGUCGCCAUAUUCCUUGCUUGGAUUGUCUUAGUUCUGUUCGUUCGCAAGUUUCCAAUGUUUGGAAUCUACAUCGUGAUGUUUGAAGAUAUUAUUUUCACGUUUCUACGAUUCUCGAUCAUCCUCGGUCUUUUCACGAUCGCCUUUGGUUUGGCAUUCUAUACUAUGCUUCAUCGUCACUGGGUGCAUUCAUUCAGAACACCAGGGCUUGGUCUUCUUAAGACGUUUGUGAUGGUCAUUGGAGAGUUCGAGUAUGACUCUGGUUUCAGUAACAAUGAAGACGCCAUAGGCGAUCCACCUGUAUUCGCAUAUAUACUGUUUGUUCUGUUCAUCAUUAUCAUGACAAUCUUGCUCAUGAACUUACUGGUUGGUUUAGCUGUUGAUGAUAUCAAGGCUGUACAAGCUCAAGCAAAUUUGAAACGACAAGCGAUGUUGGUCGAUCUGGCAUUGAAUGUCGAAAAAGCUUUCCCUCGUUUCAUUCGUCGCAAAUUAAUCCCUGAGUUGGACGUGGUUCACCCAAAUUGGAUGAGAGAAAAACUUUUUAUUUCAUUGGAUGGUGAGGCUAUUCGAGAUAGGUUGCGUUUUGAGAAGUCGCCUUUCGAGAAGAUUGAAUCUCGUCAGGAUGAGACGAAGGAAACAGUCAAGAAACUUAAAUGGCACGUGUCUCAGCUAAACAACAGAACUGAGAAAAUUGAGAUGAUGUUGAAAGCGAUCGUAAGUCACAUGAAAGUCGAAGUGAACGAAGACGAGUAUGAUGAUGACAAUGACUAAAAAGUCCGGCCCAAUAUCUGAGGCUUUUGACUUAGUAUAAAUGCAAAUUUCACUGUGUGUGUUUUUAUUGAUGCACAUAAUAGUCAACCUCUAAUGUUUACAGUGGCGUAGCAAGAAUCCUUAAGUGGCCAGGGGGGGCAUAUUUAUAUAUUUAUGUUAAUGUGGUACAAAGUUGCUCCCCCCUCGCUUGUCCAGCUGACUACAACCGCUGCACAUGUAUUGCUAUCUCUAUAAAAAUAAUAAAAGCAAACCAUUCACAAACCAUUCUCAUAAUGGCGUCAAACACGAAAAGCCUGUUAUUUUAACAGAAAGUUUGAUUGGCUUUUCCUCCCUUCGUUUGACGUCAUUACGAAAAAGGUGUAUUAAAUGUAUUCGCCAAGUGUCAUUGACCUUGAUCAAAUCAAAAUUGGUGUAUCAAUUUAGGUUUUUUGACGAUUGCCAUUCAUUGAUAUCUGCUAUCAUGUAAAGCUUAUUUAAAAACCCAACAAUAUAUUUUGUAAUUUACAAGUGUUCAAACGACAAGCUUUCUACUAAUUAUGACGAGUCUAUGGGCGAUGUCCGUUGACUUUCAAGCCAUUGCCCGCGUUAUAACAGCUGAAGCAU